AUGAAUACAAUCACCUUCAUGUUGUUCAUCGUCUGCCCUCGGCCCUGCAUCGUUUCGUGGCUCAAGUCGUCCUCAUUGUUGACGUGUACGAAUGAGCAAGCGGAGACAGGGUACGCGUGCACAGUACCGUCAAACGCCCUAUUCACCUCCUCGUUGAGUCAAGCACUUGCUCCUACUCCUGACCCAUCAAAUCCUUGCUCUUUGCUUCCUCACUUCUUCCAUACUUUCUUCCUCCACCUCAUCCCCGUUCCCCCUGUCUUCGCCCUCUUCGUUUUCUCUAUCUCCUACCUUGUCUUCUUUUACAUUGCUCUCAACGCUAGUGGCAGUAGACUGGACGUGCGAGAGAGCAGUCGAGCUAACACUAAGGUUUCUGCUCUCAAACAGGAGAAUAAAGGCGUCCUUAUUGCCAGCAUAUAG